UUUUUAUUUUUGGUGAAUUGAAGGAAAAUAGUGUAUUUGAUCAAAAUUUAACUUUACUUAAGCCUAAUGUGUAAGGAUUGUGUCUUAAUUUUAUUAGAAAUUCUUACUCAAGAAUGGUUGCAGUGCGUAAAAGUUGAAAAAAAAAGACUGAAGGCUGAUCUGCAAUAUCUGCGGAGGAGGGGACUUCUGAAGGCGUCGGGUGAACUAUCGUACCAAGGACGUAAAUGCGCCAGAUGCGGUGCACCGUUUGGUAGAUUUUACAACACCGGUGCACCGUGUGCGCGGUGCAGGCACAGAGUUUGCAGGCAGUGCCGUAUCGAGGUCAGGAGCCCCACCGAUAACAAAGAAGUCGAGUGGAUCUGUAACGUUUGCUACAAGAUCGCGGAAUUGCACGUCGUCACCGAGAAAUGGACCUUCGAAAAUUCGAUAUGUAAAGGAUCUAUAAAUGGAAAAGCAGCGUCGCCUGUAGAAUUAUUGAAGCAUAGCAUCAGACGGGCUUGGACUAUUAAUGGUCCACCCACACGCUGGUCAGCGGCCAGGAAAUCGGCCGAGUUUCGAGUAUAUCGGAGUUUGCCGUCCCGUCAUCAGGAAUACCGAGAAAUCAUUACCAAGAGCGAAAUCGUAAAAUCGGCCGGCAUCGAAACAUCGAAUAACGCGAAGGAACCAGUUAUCAACGAGGCAACCUUACAUACCGACGACUGUAAUGAUUCUACGAAGGAGGAUCCGUGCAAAGAUGCGAUAACGAAGAGCGAAUCGAUCUCUGUUCACGAGAAAUUCACGCCACGAGCCGAGACGAACGAACGAACGAACCCGAAACGAGGGGAGAAACCGUCCAAUAAACAGGAAGAGGAAGUGCCAUCGUUGGAUGCCAUAAAAACGAAGAGAAACGAGCGAUCCUCGUUGGCCAACGGUAAUAAAACGAAAAUCGAAGAGCAGGAGCAAGAGGUCGGUAGCCAGGAGCAGUGCACGCCGAGGAUUUCUUUGAUAAAACCACCGAGGAUAUUGUCCAAGUUUAUUUCACCGGAGAUAAAAUCGGGCACGAUCAAGCAUGGGGAGAGAAAAUCGAAUAUACCGAUAUUUAAGAGAAGCUCCAAGGAGUUUGAGGACAUUAGAAGCCCCCAAGAAUCACCUAAACGUUCUCUCAUACCUCAAAGAUAUCGAGGAAGUACCGACGAUCUGCGUCGCAGCCGCGAGGAUAUAAGUUUGCCCAGCUUGAUUCCAAAACUGCUCUCUCCCCGUAUCAAGGAGGACCGAUUGAAGCGUCAGGACAGCAAAGACGACAUCCGUUGCUCGUCCAAAUCGGUUAGAAAAGACACGAGAGAGGAAACUCGUGGAACUGGCGUCCAAUCGACAGGGAAGGAGGACUCUAAGUACGUUAUACGACUAUUCCGGCGGGACAACAGCCGCGAGGACGUGGGUAGGGAUAGCUUGAAUUCAAAUGCGAAUAGCUCGGCCUUAGCUGCAAAAGGAAGCAAACUGAAAGAAGAGAAGCAGGAGAGGACGGAGGAACAACGCGUGGGCGUCUCGAAAUCGAAGUCGACGGUGCACGAACAAGGAAAGACGAAGGUAAGAGAAGGCAGCAGGGAGAGCCUGGAUGGGAAGAGGAAUGACGAGGAAGGGCCAUGUGCGAGCCAACAUGAGAGAGUGAAAGCGGAGGCCAAGGAACAGACGAUGCUCGACGUGGCCGUCAACGACGAGAAGAAGUUGGUGGAAGAGCAAGAGGGCGUGAAGAAAGGAGACAGGGAGGAGAUACGUGGAUGCACGGGGGCGAGAAAGGAAGGAGAGUCGAUGGUCGAGGAGGCAGAAGUAUUCGAGAACGAUAAGAAUAAGGACUCUAUGAAGGAGACUAGUGAGAGUUUGAUAGAAAAUUCUGAACCCGAUUGCAAUGCGUUUGGGACGUUUGAGAGGAAGGAUAUUGGAAUACAUGGAAGGAGAUCCGACGAUUUUCAAGUGGUACGGAGGAAAUUUUCAAAAGAGGAGUUUUCUAAUCCUGAUGACACGGAUGACACUCCCAAUAAACGCUGUUCCAGUCAUUUAUCUCCGGAAGCGAGUCCACUGAGUACAAGAUCCUCGAGAUACAGUCCAAGGGAGAGCGAGAGCGAGCCAACCCCGGCACUUCCACGGAAAACAGGCGACUCGUGCUCGGCAUCCCAAAGAAUACGGGAUGCGAUCACGAGGACCAGAAGGGAAUCGAAUAGCAGUACUAGAUACGAGAGUAGCGGUAGCGAGAGUGUGAGAUUAAGCGAGACUGGUCUUCAUGGAUACGUAGAACUGGCUAGGAGAGUGAAAUUUUUCGGUGGUAACGGAAGUGGCACGGUUCCAUUGACGAUCGGAAGUGAUGAAGUAGUGCAACGCGAUAGCGCAACAAGUGCAGGUGAAGAUGAUCCUCACGAUGAUAAUCAUGGAAGAACAGGUCCUGUUUCUUCUCAGGGAAGAAGCAUGCUUCGUAGAAGAAGACAAUUCGACGCCCAAGGUUCCAGACGAAGAGGCCGAUCACACGCGAGGAGUUGUUGCGCCGAGGAAUUGCAAGGUUUCCAAACGUUGCACGUGAUUGGCCGGGACGGAAGGCAGCACAGCCCUACCGGAAGUCAGCAGGAGCAGCCGCUGGUCGACUACAGGCGGCUGGUGUUCAUCAGCUCGGACUCGUCCUCGGGAAGGGAAGAGGACGACGCUGACAGCAGUUGCUCGAGUUCCUCGUUCUUGAACGGUUUGCCGCGCGCAGGCAGCCGCACGCAGUCGUUGGAGGAUUGUGACUGGGAUUAUUUCGAGAGUGGGUCUCUGCCGCUGCCCGCUGGAGUUCCGGUUGCCAUAAGCACGAGCAACGUUGGCACGGAGACGAGCGCGGCUCAGGAUUGGAGCUGUUGUCCUGGACGCGGGUCCACUGCUUGUCAGGCGUGUGGAGGUUCUCGAGGAGCAAACGUGUUACCAGUACCAGUCCCAAUUCCAGUUCCAGUCCCGUAUCCGGUCCCAGUUCCGGCAUCUCUGUGGACCAGCGACUUUGCAGCAGCCGCAUCCUCCAUGAUAAGUCGCAGCGGCGAUGCCCACACAGAGCCAGGAACACUGAGGUUGAGAGGCGAUCCAGCCGCGCCCUGGUUCGCCUGGCACCCACGCUUCAACCAACCCUUGCACGGCUCCAGACUCGAUCCAAGACUGACCAACGUCUUCGACCCUGCCACCCUAAGUUCCUUCACACCCGACCAAGUGCUGUACUCGACCAUCGAGCCGUCCUCCAUACCGACCAGCGACCAGCUUCGUCAACGAAUGACCAACCUGCACGUCAACCGAGACGAGAACGAGGAUGCUGCGAAAUCCGUGGAGACGAGGCAAGAGGCCGCUUUGCUGGAUGUCUCGAGCGAGGUCGUUGACCAACUAUCCUCCGAUGUACAGAUAAUAAAUAAGGACAAAUUGGACGACGAGUCGAAGAAGGUGGGAAGCGAUGAGGAGGCGAAGGAAGCGAAAGAGGAUGAGGAAACGAGCUGUCAAGAUUUCGAGAGCAGAAGGGAAAGGCAGAGAAUGUACGAGGACUCUGGCAGCUCUUCCGGCCGGUCUUCGGCGGAUAGCAGCGACUUGGAGGACGAUUCUUCGUCCCACAGGUUCUCCAGGGUGUUCGUCGUGAAUGACGACUCGCUCACCAGCGACAACGACAUUGAGGAUAACGGAGACGAGGACGAAGACUCUGAUUCCGCCGCCGAGGACGGUAUCACUUUGAAGAGGGUCACGGCUCUUCCCGACGAAGAACCUGUGGUCCUCCAGUACGUUAGAUUCUUCAACGAGGACGCGAAUUUUGAGAACGCGAACGGGGAAGAUUCAGAGAAGGAUAGGGCGAGGUCCGGUCGAAAGGACGACAGCUUGGGGAUGAACGAUAAGUCUGAACGAGAUGGGAAUGUUAACGAGAGACGUAGAUCUCGAGGUAGAAAGCAUAAUUUAGAAAUAAGCGAUAAGAGGAUUUCUUUGUCGUUGCAGCAACGAGAGAUGCCCGAGGAAAUGUACAUAGCGAGUGACAACGAUUGUUCAGAGAGUCAGAUCGAGUUAAAGUCUAUAAAGAGUUUGGAUCCGGACAGCAUAGAGCCUGUCGUGUUCGAUAACUUCAGCGUUGUAGAAAGGGUAGAGACAGUUGUGGAAGAAAAUAGGCUGAAAAUCGACCAGAUUCAAAAUGAAACAGAGCAUAAUGAAAAUAUGAAUUUGGAUAAUCAUAAUCAAACGCAAUUGUCGUCCACCGACACCUGGGACUCUAACAUAAUUCCAGACUCGUUGGAGGUCUCCGCACAAGAAAUUGUGAACGACAACGAGGAGAGUGCCAAGUUUGUUCAAGCCUCAAGAACCGAAAAUCAUAUUAAUUCCGAGGAUAAUAAUAAUCAUUUUGAAACAAUAAUCGGUAAUUCCAAAGUAAUAACAGAAAAUUCUUUAGGGUGCGACAGUUUCACCAGCAACGAAACGAACACGACAGGCAGCGAGAUAAGCAGCGACGAGCUUCACGAGUACGAGGUGACAUCGUCCAACGUCACCUUUUUCGAAAACACCGAUUUACUGUCACGAUUGAACAGAAGCAACGAAGAAAGGACAUCGUGGCUGAGUCAACGAAGCAACGACAAGAAUGCCAAUUACGAGGAAUCCAGCAUCACGGCAUCGAGCAGCGCGAGAUGGAGGGAGCAAUUAUUCUCGCAAGGCGAGGGAACAAUCGUUGAGCAAUCUUUGGAGAUUAUCGACGCCGUGACCGAGAUCGAUUCAUUGCCAAACGCGACCGAGGAUGAUCGAUCGAGGCGAACUGCAUCCGAGGCCAAAGAUGGCGCGGCAGAAGACAACGGCUCGACAGAGUCGAAGUCAGUCUCGAGCGUGGGCAAAAUCGAAACAACGGUGGACAAGAUACAAGAAACGUUGAACGCAGGUAAAGCGGGUAAUGCGCAUGACAGCACGGUGAGAGGCGAGUGUUCUGCCUCUGGUCAGGUAGUAGGAGAAAUUGGAGGUGGAGGUGGUGAAGGUGGUGGUGGUGGUGGUGGCGUGGAAGAGGGGAUAGAAGGGGUUUCGACACGGUUUCUCUCAGUCGAGCGACGCCCGUCCAUUGGAAAGGAGAAUGGAUUCCUUGCUGCUGCGUCGACCAAGGAUUCUAACAUCAGAGACAACAGUUCUGUUCACCAGUACUCGCCAACGACGGCCAACAACAGCAACAAGUACAGAAGCCUCGUGAUGAUCACCCAGGAAGCAUCGUACCAGCCGGUGAGCGUGAUCACCUCGGAUACGACAACCUUGUUGCAGCCGGAUGAAGUGCACCAGGCUAGCCAGGGCCUGGCUGGCUACUUCCAGCUGGCAUUGGAGGCCGUCUCGGAGCAACCGCAUCGCAAGAAUGGCCAAGGGCCGAGGAAACCGUUGAUGGUGAAGCGUUUGGCCAGUGUGACUGCGAAUCAUUCGGAAACGGAGGUAGACAGCGGGCUGAGUGUUGGUAGUGCUAGUGAAAGCGACGAUGUUUCGGUGAAAAAUUCGGCGAAAAUUGGUAGCAGAGCGGAGAGCAACGAGGAAAACGUUGGCAAAGAGCGUUUGGGUAGCAAUGAGCAUCGUGAAGGCACAAGGACACGUGUCUCGUCGCAGUCCAGCGAUGAAAAUUCUGCUGGUGGUGGGGUGGUGAUCUUGGAGGAAGGCUUGGCCGAUGAUGAUUCAUGGGUGGAAGAGGUUUCCCACGAUGAGGAUGAGCCCGGAGCUACGACUGCCACCGAGGAAAGCUCUGAGGAUGAAGCCAAUAAUCUUGGGGAUAGGGAGGAGGAGCUUCGUGGCUAUCAUAGACAGGCUAUCGACUUUACCUUGCACACCAUCGUGGAGGAAUCUUGCGAGGAGAGCGAGGCUGAGCCCAGUUUGGCUGCUGGUAGUCCAUCCAAGAAGCAGAGACCUCCGUCGGCCUCCGAACUGGAGAAGUACUUCUUCUUCGGCCUUGGAGGUGAUGGAAAUAAUUCGAGCAUGGGUUCGCGCGAGGUGGACAGCCUCUCGGAGACUUCGUCCAUUUAUUCAGAGGGUUUGGAGUCACUUGGACAGGACGAGGCUCCAGGAAACGGACAGAGUCAGGAGAGAUCGAAUUCUGGAGAGGGAUUUUUGAAUUCAUCCAGACUGGAAAAAUACUUUUUGUCGGAGUUUCUAGGAUUCGACCAAGAUAGGAGGGAUUCGGAUGGCUCUGUGGGAAGUGAUUCUGAAGGAAGACCCAGUCCUGAGGCACAGAGAAGAAAGAAGCUGGUUCGCGCGAGAGGUACCGGUAGAUCGCACAGCUCUUCCUUGGAUAAUUUACUUGCUCUUACUCAAAGUUCGCAGAACUUGAGCUCGCAGAACUCUCUUCAAGAUUUGAGUUUGAAUCAGGAUGCGCAAGAGACGCAAUCAGAAGGCUCGUCCACCGAGACUGAUGGAGCGGAUGAUGGACAAACCGCGGCCUUUGGAACGGAUGGGCAAUUUGACACUGUGAAACGGAAGAAGAAGAAGCCUAGAAACCUAGGCACUCAGAGUCCACGUGUUCCUGACGACAGGAACAAAACUCCUGAGCCUAACAGAGAAAUGGUGUUGGUUGGAGAAGUAGUGAUGGAAAAUGACGCAGAAGCUAUUAAUUCUGAGGACUCUGAACGAGCAAAGACACCUCAACCGGAAUGUAUUUUAUCUUCUUCUUCCUCUCCAUCGGGUACCGUCAAUGCUUCUUUAACUUCAACGUCGCUUGUCGAUUCUUCCAGGAAUGUACAAAUGAGUUCAGGAGAAUCUUUGAACUACAAUCAAAGGUCGAAGCAGCAGUCAAGAGAUUCUGGAUUUGUAGGUAGUUGUGACGAUCUUCUGCAACAUCAGAAAUUGCCAGAGGAUGGCCAACCUGGUUCAGAAAUCAGCCAAGACGGUGGAAAAGAUCGUUCCAACAAUGAAACUGGUGAGAAUGUUCAAGAUGCGAAUCAAAUUUCGAAUGAAGGUACCUCCGGAAUCGAGAAAGGAAACGUGGUUAAGGUGGAUCAUCAUUUAAGUCACACUGCACUGCCUCACUUGCCAAACGCUUCUCUCUCGAGGAAGGAUAGCUUCAACAAUUGGUCCAGUGACGAGGAAACGAACUUGAUGAUGUCCAAGAUGAGACAGUUCUUCAAAACCAUGGUGGCCAAUUCGAAUGGGCAGAAUCAGAACACGACUAAUGCAAAUUCAAGCGCAGCCUCACCUGCACCCAGUCCUAGAUUAGCAGGCUAUGCAUCAAAAGCCAGAUUAUGUUCACAAAACCGUACAAAGCCACCUCAAUUAGUAUAUUUUGAAAAUGAAUUGACUAGAUUAAUGAAAACAGUACCAGGAAUUCGAGACGAACAAGUAAGAGAAAUAGUCGAAUACCUUAGCUCUGAAGACACGUGGUCAGAUUCAUAUGACAGUUCUGAUUACACCAGUUCUGACUUGGAAGGAGCAGCUGGUGGUCGUAGAUCAGCUUUACAGGAACAGAUCUCGCAGAGUUGUCAACAGAUUAUCAGCAAAUUUGACACAACGUCGGGUGACACUCUGUUGGACAAAGAGAGAGAAGAUAAAACUGUGCCAACUCCUGGAAUUCAACCACCCUGUUUAGGCAGAGAUACCGCGUUUGUGUAUCAGAAAUUGGUUCAGAGUUUCACGAAGAUGGCAGGUGAUGGAGUUAGUUCUGACGCCAACUCGACACCACACAGCAGUCCACCGUUGAUAGCUAAAGUGAUGCAUCAUAUAGGUAGUAGAUUGGUUGCUUUAAUGCAUGAAGUCUCUGAAGGUGGGCCAAGCGUGCAGCAUCACUCCACCAGCUGGAGACGUUAUUCUCAACAUCACAGAACACCUUCCUCAGCUUCUACCACUGAGGAUGAUGAUUCCACUUCAGAUUCUACUAACGCACCUUCGUCGACGCAUUUGCAGUUACCCAGAUCAAAAUCUCAUGAUCCUUUACUGUUGAUUAAUAGUCAUCCAGCAGCUUCCACUGGACAGGAGGGGGAGGAACGAGAAGCUAGUGAUUAUGAGAGGUUCUCUUGGAGAGGCAGUUUUGAAUCGGCGCUAAUGGCUGCUGAUUCUAGGACGAAAUUGAGCCUUUUGGCUUGUUCUGGAGAUAGUGUCGGUGCUAGUGCUAGUGCUAAUGCCUUGGCAAUGGCAGCUAAGCGAAGAAGUGCUGGAGAUUUGUUGUUCAAUCCUAAAAGCUUUUCAAGAGAACAAUUGGAUAGAGUUAGGAGCUGUGGUUCCAUUGGAGGUGGAAGUGGUGGUGCUGCCAGUGCUGGAUCAGUGGAGGAAAGGAUCUGGAGUAAUAGAAGAAGAUCAUCUGUUCCUGAUGCUAACACAAGAGGGGAAUCUGAUACGUCCACAGGUGACGAGGACACCGAAGACGAGCUCGAGUACAGUGGUGAAUCUCGAGCAACGACUCUUCCACGCGGAAUGCAAUCUGCCAUCACCGCUGCUACCAAUUCUUUACCACGUUUACCAGCAUCCAUUGCACCUUCCGGUUUAACGACGACGUCAACCACGCCAUCAACGACAAUGCACAAAGCGCACAGUGUCUAUCAUUUUCUGCCUCAACAUUCUGGCGUGAAAUCAGCCAGAUACCGUCCUCCAGGAUUCGCGAGGAACAGCAACGUUCCUGGUGUACUGGGAGGACCAAAACGUGCGGUCAGUGCUCCGGGACUUCAGGUCUCAGGAUCUCAGUCUUCCAAUGGAAAACGGGACAAUUCGAGGUCGAGAAGGCAACAGACUAUGUCUCUCACGCCUGAUGACGGGAGCAGCUUGUCGGAGGCGUGCAGCACUCCGAUCAUCGGCGCUGGAUCGCGAGCAGGCUCUAGCCACACGGUGAUCGACGUGGAUGACAUGGAUUCCGGGUUGCAUUCUGGACACCUUGCCACGCGCGCAUCCUUGUCCAGUCUUGGAGCACGUUCAGAUUCAAUGGCGUCGGUUUAUAGCGGUGCUGGGGAGGGGCGGUGCUGUCGCUCGGUGGUCGUCACAGGAGAAGUCGAAUUCGCGUUGCAAUACGAUUAUAAACAUCUAACGUUCGAGGUGCACGUAACGAAGUGCAAAAAUCUAGCACCCGUUGACGUGAAACGCAAACGUUCAGAUCCAUACGUGAAAGUGUAUUUAUUACCUGACAAAUCAAAGAGCGGGAAACGAAAGACGAAAGUGAAGAAGCACACGCUGAAUCCUGAAUUUAACGAGACAUUGAAGUUCCAUAUGAGUCUGAGCGGCCUAGAGACAAGAACAUUAUGGCUGACUGUUUGGCAUUCAGACAUGUUUGGACGCAACGAUUUCCUCGGCGAAGUUCGAAUGCCCUUGGAGAACAAAAUCUUCGAUGAUCCUACGCCCAAAUGGUAUCCUCUUCAAGAACGAACAGAACCGUUCGAUGACCCUGUUGCAUACAAAGGCGAGGUGAUCGUCGGUUUGAAGUUCGUGCCACCGGAUCCUACGCAACAGGAACGUGAUCGAGAAGCAGGAUCAGAACGUGGUACCUCCAAGUCUAAGAAGAAUAUGAGCCGUGGCGCGUUACACGUGCUCGUAAAGGAAGCUAGAAAUUUGCAAACCAGGGCGAAGAAUUCAGGAACGUGUGAUCCAUUCUGUAAAAGUUAUUUAUUACCUGACAAAGGUCGUUCAGGAAAACAAAAGACUGGAGUAGUUCGCAGAUCUGGUGGUUCACCAGUAUGGGGUCAUACUUUCAUUUAUAAAGAUGUGAGUCUUCAAGAAUUAGCAGAACGUGGACUGGAAUUAACAGUCUGGGAUCACGAUCGUAUCGCCAGCAACGAAUUUUUAGGAGGUGUUCGAUUUAAUCUUGGCACAGGAAAACACUAUGGAAAACCAGUAGAUUGGAUGGACGCAACCGGUCGAGAAUUAUCCCUUUGGCAAAGCAUGCUUGAGAGGCCUAAUUUCUGGGUGGAGGGUGCCGUGACUUUGAGGCCAAAUUUGCAUAAUCAUGGGAAAAAUAGCAGCACCUAAUCAUUAAGCAUCGUCUCAGUGAUUUCUUUUGUACUUAACUUGUGACACAGUCGAGUGUUCACAGUGUGGACCUUGUUAGUUCCAUCUCAACGGAGCUCGUUACGCUUCGGCCUAGUUUAACUUAAAACGCAAAUACGUAUUAUGUGUCAAUAUAAACGGACCACAUUCGUCGAAUAAUUUCGAAAUGCAACUUUCGAAAAAAAAAAAAAAAAAAAUAAUCAGUGCCUUUGGGGCCGAUGUAAACACAUUGUCCAUCUCCACAGGGCACA